AUGCUCAGGCAAUCACAGGGCUAUCUGCGAUGGAUUGUGGAGAAUUUCCGAUCGUGCAAGGAGUGGCCGUGGGUGGAUUCUGCAAGAACUUUGCUCGAUCAGGAUAUUGCCAAUGGAUCCUCCAUCAAGCAAUCCCAAUUCUCAGUGCCCAACACUGGAUUGAUACUCGAUCGGCCAGCAUUCGAUCGGGAGAACGCCCAAUUCGGGGUUUCCAGCAAUGGAUCGUCCAUUGAGCCGUGCUGGGUGGAUCAGGAGCUCGAAAUCUCAGAGCCCAAUACCGGGCUCUAUGGAUCGCUGCUCAAGCGCUGCGUGGAUCGCCGGGAUCUUGAGGCCGGGAAGCGCAUCCACGCGCACGCGGUGGAGAGCGGCUAUGCCAGGGAUUCGUACGUGGAGAAUUUCUUAAUCCAGAUGUAUGGAAAAUGCCGGCGAGUGGAUCUCGCCCGCGCGGUGUUUGACGCGAUGCCCAGGAGGGAUCUAUUCUCCUGGAACAUCAUCAUCACAGCAUAUACCCAGAAUGGGCAUUCACUGAAAGCGUUAGAACUCUUUCAAGUGAUGCGAGACUCCGGGUUCAAACCAGAUGUGUUCGUGCUCUCUAGCGCAAUGGGAGCGUAUGCCCGGUGUGGGCAGAUUGAUCGAGCAAGAGAAAUCUUUGAUGCGAUGGAGACGAGAGAUCCGGCAAGCUGGACCGCGAUAAUCUCUGCAUAUGCCCAGCAAGGGGAUCCAGCCAUGGCUAUGGAGCUCUACUGGCGGAUGAAUCUCGAGGGAAUGGAGCCCAAUCGGCUAACAUACGUGAGCUUACUGGGGGGCUGCGCGAGCCUCGGCGCGCUAGAUCACGGGAAAUCGAUCUACUCGCGGUUCCUGACAAGGGGAUUCCAGGCGGAUCUCAUGAUCCAGAGCGCGCUGCUCAAUCUCCACUCCAAAUGCGGCAGCCUCGAGGACGCGAGAGCGCAAUUCGCGACGAUCCGUGACCGGGACGCGGCGGCAUGGACGAGCAUGAUCGAGGCAUCCGCGCGGCAUGGGCGGUACGUGGAAGCGGUGACUCUCUACCGCGAGAUGAUGCUCGAUGGCGUGACGCCCGACGCGGUCGCGUACGUGGCGGUGCUGGGGGCGUGUGCGGCGCUGGGUGCCGCCGCGGUACACGUGGGACGGUCGGUUCAUGCCGCGCUGCACGCCGCCGGUCUUGGGCACCACACGCGGGUGUCCACCGCGCUGCUCAACAUGUACGGCCGGUGCGGCAGCCCGUGCGACGCGCGGCACGCGUUUGAGCGGAUGCACGCCAAGGACGUGGUGGCGUGGAACGCGAUGCUCCGCGCGCUCGCCCGCCACGAGCGGUACUCCGAGGCGUUUGAUCUCUUCCUCGCGAUGGACGCGCCGCCGGACUCGAUCACGUUUGGGACGCUGCUGACGGCGUGCUGCUGCGGCGCGGCGCUGGGCCAUGGUCGGCGCAUCCACGAGCGGCUUAAGCUCCACCAUGCCGCCGGCGGUAUCAAGCUCGAGGUGGAGAUGUACAACCUCCUGCUCAACAUGUACGCCAAGUGUGGCAGCAUCGAGGAGGCCCGCGCGGUAUUCGAGCGCAUGCCCGCGCGGACUCUCGUGGGCUGGAACGCCAUGGUCGUGUGGUACGCGCGGUACGCCAUCCCCAGGGAGGCGCUAUAUCUCUUCCAAGAGAUGGCCUCGCUCGACGGCCUGGAGCCCGACGUUGUGAGCUGCAUUGGCGCGCUGGCGGCGUGCGCGAGCCUGGGCUACCUUUCCGAGGGCCGCGCGGUACACCGCGCAUGUACCGUGCGGAUCACGACCGGCGACGACCAGCGCCGCGACGUCGUGCUGUGGACGAGCCUCGUCAACAUGUACGCGAAAUGUGGCGAGAUUGAGGAGGCGAGCUUGGUUUUCGAGGAGAUGGACGAGCGCAACGCAGUCUCGUUCAACGCGAUGAUGGCGGCAUUCGCCCAGAACGGGCAUUUGGAUCGGGCAUUGGGGCUGUACCGCCGGAUGAUCUGCGAGGAGGGCCUUGACGCCGACGUCGUGACGCUGCUGUGCUUGCUCGUGGCAUGCAAUCACGCUGGGCUUUACGCGCAGGGCAGGGAUCUCUUCGUCCAACUGCGCGGCGACCACGAGUGGAUCGCGCCAGCGGUGGAUCACUACCACUGCCUGGUGGAUCUGCUGAGCCGGGCGGGGCGGAUAGAUGUCGCGGAGGAGAUCUUGGUGUGGAUGCCGUUCCAGCCGGGGGCGAUUGGGUGGAAAUCGCUGCUGAAUGGGUGUGCCGUGCACGGGGAUCCGGUGCGAGGGGCCAGGGCCGCCGCGAUCGCGUGCCGCUUGGAUCCGGUCGACUCGUCCCAGUACGUGCUGCUGUCCAAUGCGUAUGCCUGGAAUGAUCUCGAGGAUGUGAGGAAAACGCUGGAUCUCUGCGAAUCGCAAGAAAUGUAA